UGGUUAUUUCACUUGCAUUUUCCAAUGGUAAUGUCUUAUAAUGGCAAACAGGUUCUGAUGUUAAGUCCUCAGCAUUUGUUUUAUUCCGUGUCCAGUUCUCUGUCCCAGGAAAACUCUUUUUGAGGAGCAGCUAUUGCUUAAGAUAGUAGUACUUUUAGAUGACCCAUGAUCCGAAAACAACCCAUUAACCGCACAUCCCUCUUUUUCUGGCUUCUCUCCUUGGACAGUGAUGCAUGGACAGGUGCGACUGGAACAAACUCCUGCAACCAAGGAGAUGCAUGAAGGGCAGAACGCCACUCUGACCUGCUCCAUCUCCAUAGGCAGCUUGCAGUGGUAUAAGCAGUCUCCUGGACAAGAGCCCAUUUUCCUGAUGUUUGUCCAUGGCAGCCAGAAAAAGGAUGAAACCAAACACUUCAUCAGCGAGUAUGAUUUCAAGGAAAGACGGGGCUACUUGCACAUUGUUGAUGCUCAGCUGGACCAUGGAGCCAACUACUUCUGCGUAUGGAUGCACAGUGAGGCAGGAGGGCAGGAAAUCAGUCUUAAAGCUGAACAACAUGCAAGAAACCACAAAGCGCUCUUCCUCCAUGGUGACAGGCAUGCAGAGAGGUGGAUGAUGAUGAUGAUGUAUUUAGAUAGUGCCAUCACUGUACACUUUACAAAAAAGAAUAAUCAGUUGCCUGCCUUCUGGCUUACAAUCUAUUUUGUCGAAGGCUUUCAUGGCUGGGUUGCUGUGAGUUUUCUGGGCUGUAAUGCCAUGUUCUGUAUGGCAUUCUCUCCUGAUAUUUUGCCCACAGAUGAAAGGGCCUUUCAUUUGCUUCUGGGCCUGGGCAUGUUGGAAAUUGAAUUACCAAAUUAUUGGAACCAUCCACAAGGACCAUCCAGUUCAACCUCUUGCCAUGCAGGACACUAUAUGAAAACCACUCCCCAACAAGGUUUCUUUCAAUAUUCCUUAAUCAGGAACAUUCCCUUUUCAUGCAAAUUCUGUGUCCAGAAAACGUAACGAUUAGGGUAUCUGUAAAUCAAAAUUGACCUGAAGGCACCUAAUAACGACAGCAUUCUUGCUUGUCUUCACUGUCGGGUACUGGAGCCUAUAGACUUUUCUGCAUAAAAGAGAAGAUGUUAUUAUAAUGAAUGAACAUCCUUGUUGUUUGUGCCUUCGUUGAUUCUGAACAACACUGUCAUGUAUGUCAAAGAGGCUUGUCAUUGCUAAGGCAGAGAGAUUUGCCCAAGGUCACCCAAAGUAUUUGGACUGGUCCCGGAGGCAACCACAUACCCCUGUCUGAACCUUGUGCAAUGCAGUUUCAUUGUCCACAUGUGCCAAAAUAUUAUUGGUCCAACUGGAUCGUCAUCUCGCCUGCCAUGUCACUGUUGCUGCUU